GAACUGGCCUGAAGAGGCAGGGACAAUAACAGGAAGCAACUAGAGGAACGGCUGGGCUGGGCUGAUCACUUUUGCCACUGAAGUGGUCUGAUUGUCCAGUGAGCAGCUCUGUGGGAGCUCAGACAGGUUCACAUGUCCACCACACCAACAGCACUGACCUGAAACUGAGAAGGAUAUACCUCUGCUUAUUUACAUACUGUAGGGAUUGUUCAAUCAAGGACGAUUGUUGAAGGGACCUAAACUCUGAUGAUGAAACAAUCUGCCUGGAGGCAGAUGACUGAGCCUGGCUUUUUGGUAGGUUUCUUGGUCAUUUUAUGUACUCUCAGCACAGUAGUGAAUGCUCACCAAGCUCCGAAUCCACCAUCCUUGUACAAGACAGUCCUCCAAAGACAGAAGAGAGAAUGGAAAUGGGAUAAACUGUAUGUGUAUGAGGAAUCACCUCCAAAGACCCCACCUGAACCAAUUGGAAAGCUAGUGAAUACACUUUACAAUGAUAUGUCCACGCGGUUUAUCCUCUCAGGAGAAGGUGCUAAUGACAUUUUUAAAGUAAAUGACAUGGGGGAUAUCUUUGUCAAUGCAAAGCUGGACAGAGAAAAGAAAAGUGUCUUCAGACUCUCAGCCUCGAUCAUCAACAUUCAAACCGGAAGAUUGAUUGACAAAAAUGAUACUUUUGAAAUAGUGCUCCUUGAUAUUAAUGACAACAGACCUGUUUUUCCACCUGCCCUCUCUGGAUCCAUCAGUGAGUCCUCUAGAGCAGGAACUACAGUGAUGACAGUAGAAGCAACUGAUGCCGACGAUCCAACCACUAACAAUGGAGUGAUUGAGUACAAACUGUUAAAUGGGACAGACCUCUUCCAAAUCAACAAAAAAGGUGUCAUCAGCACACUGAAAAGCACCCUGGACCGUGAGAAACAGAGUCAGUACCUGAUUACCAUACAAGCCAAAGAUAUGCCAGGAUCAAAUACUGGAAAUAGUGCUACAACAGUAGUGACCAUCAACAUUACUGAUAUAAAUGACAACAUUGCCACCUUCAAGACAGGAAAAUACUAUUUUAAUGUGAAAGAAGACAGCAAACCAGGAUCUGAAAUUGGCACAUUAGAGGUGGAGGACAAAGACGAGAUACAAAACAAAGAUCCAACAUUUACUAUACAGCAAAUAAAUGAAGUGUUUGAAAUUAAACGGAGUAAUGAGAAAGAUGGAAUACUUUGCCUUAAAGUGCCUCUCGACUAUGAAACAGAGCAGAAUUACCUUCUCAAUGUAACUGUGGACGAGUAUACAGUUUCCAAAUCCCCAGAUAGCCAAGGACCAAACUUGCUGAAGAGCGCCCAAGUUUUAAUCAACAUAAUUGAUGUUGAUGAACCACCCAUUUUCAACCAAACUGAAUACAAGUUCAGCAUUCAUGAGGGUCCUGUCAAGAAUCCAGUCAUUGGUGCUGUCUCAGCAAAGGAUCCAGAUAAAAACAGCUACAAAAUACGGUACUCUAUUGAAGACCCAAACUGCCCCGUAAGUGUGGAUCCUGUACAAGGUCAUCUUUCCUUAAAGAGACAACUGGAUAGAGAGCAAGAGCCCUCAUACACAUUCCAAGUUACAGCACAGGAGGAUACACCAAAUGGUCAAAAAUCCUAUGCAAUGGUUUAUCUGAAAGUUCUUGACAUUAAUGACAAUGCACCAGAACUGACUAAUGGGAGUGAUGUGUAUGUAUGUGAGAGUGAUAAACCUGGCAUGGUCAUUGGGAUUAUUGGUGCCCAUGACAAAGAUGAAAAUUCAGGCAGAUUCCGCUUCACUCUGGCAAAAAAAAGUUCAAACUUUUCCCUUCAUGACAACCAAGAUAACACUGCAAGCAUUGUGCUAAAGCAGGGAGGUUUCAGUACAGAGCACUCAGCGGAGCAUGUGUUGGAAAUCGAAAUCUCUGAUGGAGGUACACCAGAACAAAAGAGCAUUAACCCCCUCCACAUUAAAGUGUGCACAUGCCAGUCGGAUCGAAGGAUGGAGUACUGUAUGGUUUACGCCCAGACUGGACUGAGUGUCAGUGCCCUCUCAGCAAUUCUUCUCUGCAUCAUCACAAUCUUGGUCAUCAUCAUACUCAUUGUGUUGCGGAGACGUUAUCAGAAAAAUACUUUGGUCACACUUUGCAAGUCAUCUGGCGAGAUCCAUGAGCAGCUGGUGAGAUACGAUGAGGAGGGUGGUGGAGAGAUGGACACAAACGGCUAUGAUGUCUCCAUCCUGACCUCCGCCUGUCAUGACAGUAGCUUUCGGCCUGGCCCAGGGCCUUCCCAUUAUGCCAUGGUGAAGAAACCCCCAGCCUGCAAGGGUGACAUGGCCAUGAUGAUCGAGGUGAAGAAAGAUGAGGCAGAUCACGACCGCAAUGGAAUCCACUAUGAUACAUUACACAUCUAUGGCUAUGAGGGAUCUGAAUCCCUGGCCGGUUCCCUCAGCUCUUUAGACUCAUCCUCCAAUGGGUCCAAUUUGGACUAUGACUUCCUAAGUGAUUGGGGGCCACGUUUCAGGACCCUGGCUCAGCUCUAUGGAGUAGAUGGCUCUGACACUGAUAGCUCCUACUGAUCCCCAGAAAGAAAGCCCAUCUCUCAGUGGCCAUCGUCCUAGGAGAUUAAAUCAAACUUAGAAUCCAUCAGAUGCUAAAAUGUGGUAUGAUGGAGACUGUUGUAUUCUCUUCAUGGGACUUUCUGUCAGGGUCUUUUUAAGAGAAUGAUUAACAAGUGGCAAUACUUGUUUACUUCAUGUAUUGUUAUAACAUUUUGUUGAGCACUAAAGUAUUUGUAAUUUUGAUAGAAUAAGUGUUAGUAUAAACAAAAAAACUUGCCUUGGUCUUUCAGACUAGUUUUUGUAGAGGUAAUUUUGUACAAAAAACAUUAGACACUGGUUGGAACAAGCUCAGUUUUGGGUGUUUUAUCCAUACUGCAAAUUAUAAUUAAGGGUAACAAAACUUAUCAGUGUGAGUGCUUUUUUCCUUUUUUUCAUUUGUAUUAUUAUGGUGGGGUUUUUUUAUUUAUUUUUUUUAUCUUGUACUAUUUACAAAAUCCUUAGUCUGUGAGCUUAAGUUUUUUUUUUCUUUUUUUUUUGGACUUAUUUCUAAAGCUAGCAUUGUUCAGCAGCUGACUCUUGUCAUCAGGAAAACCACUGAAUUGCCAUGGGAGCAACACAGGAAGCAGUAAUAACUGUAUUUUGAAAGUAUUAAAGGCUAUUCCAAGUUUAUUUGACAGGAAUCAUCAGCACAUUGAUUGUUAUAAGUAAAGCCUAAAUCUCUAAGGUCAGCCAUUAUAAGGCAAUCGCAGAUAUCUCAGGAAACGUGUAGUGACUUGUAUGCUUGUUGAAAUGUGAGAAGUGGUGAAUAUCUGAAUUACCAUUUGAGUCAUAUGUGUGGCUAUAUACAUCGAUCAGCCACACCAUUAAAACCACCUGCCUAAUAUUGUAUAGGUUCCCCUCGUGCUGCCAAAACAGCGCCAAACCGCAUCUCAGAAUAGCAUUCUGAUGGUAGAUGCUAUUCUUCUCACCACAAUUGUACAGAGCGGUUAUUUGAGUUACCAUAGACUUUGUUAGUUCAAACAAGUCUGGGCAUUCUCUGUUGACCUCUCUCACAUACAAGGCAUUUCCGUCCACAGAACUGCCGCUCACUGGAUGUUGUUUGUUUUUGACACCAUUCUGAGUAAACUCUUGAGACUGUUGUGUGUGAAAAUUCCAGGAGAUCAGCAGUUACAGAAAUAAUCAAACCAGCCCAUCUGGCACCAACAAUCAUGCCAUGGUCCAAAUCACUGAGAUCAAUUUUUUUUUCCCAUUCUGAUGGUUGAUGUGAACAUUAACUGAAGCUCCUGACCCAUAUCUGCAUGAUUUUAUGCACUGCACUGCUGCCACACAAUUGGCUGAUUAUAUAAUCGCACGGAUGAUUGUUGGUGCCAGAUGAUCUGGUUUGAGUAUUUCUGUUACUGCUGAUGUCCUGGGAUUUUCACACACAACAGUCUCUAGAAUUUACUCAGAAUG